GAGAAGUUCCUUUCGGGUCAGAAAUCCAAUUCAAUCCUGAAAAUAUGGCCGCCGCCCACCGAGAAGUUUCUCCUGCAUUGCAGCUUUUACGAACAUUUUUGCUUGGCAGAGUGGCAAAUGGACAGCUGAGGUUUCCAAACGAAGUGGCAACAAGGUCUCCCCCACCUCCAAACCUGCCCCCGGGACCCUGCAGCAAGCUGGCGGAAAACUACUACUAUACGAGAGACGGACGGAGAGUAGCUAGGCAACCUGCAGUGAUACUCGACGCCUCGUCGGGCGUCAAACAGAUCGCAGCUGGGGGAAGUGCUGGGCCGCUAAAGAUGGUGACGCCCGGCCCAAAGUACCUGCCGUGAUGUGAUGCUUGGAAUGGACUCUUGUAUCAAGAUUUAGGAAAUUAAUUCGAAAUGUAGAAAAAUAAAAUAAAGCGUAAAUAAGAUGA